AUGUGCCAAGCUGUUCGAGAAAUCAAGUCAGAAAAAACCUCUGGAAAUGCAGAAAGGUGCCCGGCAGGGUUUAAAAGCGAGGCACAGCCGAGAACCAUCCGUGACCGAGCUCUCCUCUCCCCGCAACCUCUCCGCACCGAGGUGGAUGUCACCGCGGCGCCCGCUGAGCGGGGGGGUGUCUCCGUUCCAGGCCUGCCCCCGCGGGCGAGGGUCGAAACCCCCCUCACGGUUCCGCCGCCGCCUCCUCAGCCCGAGGGCAGCCCCCGCCCGGCGGUACCCACCCGUCGGCGCCUCGCACGUGCCCAGGGGGCUCCCCCUGAGGGCGGCGGCGGGCGGUCAGGGGGAGGGGGCCAUCUUGAAACCGGCGCCCCGCGCGGGGGGCACAGACCCUCCUCACACACACACACACAACCCUGGGGCCGAGCGCCCAUAGCCCACCACCUGCCUCAUCCCCUCAGUCGCCAGCCAGCCCCCUUCCCUCCACACCGCCAGCGCGGUCCCACCGGCACAGCGCAGCCCCAUCGCACCUCUCAGAGCCCCCCGCCCUGGCUCUGGGGGAACGUGGUACACCCCCGCCAACUCUGGGACCCCCGCUCGUGGCACCACCCCACGGCACUGCGGCUCCUACCUGCGGCCAGGACUCCCGGGUGGUGGCGACGAGCACGCCACAACCUCACUCUAACCGCCGAGCCGCUCUCCCCAUCACCGCUGCCGCGCUGGGCCGGGCCGGGCCGGGCCGGGCGCAACCGGGCCCCUCCCACCGGGGCGGAGCUCCGCGGCUCGUGGAGCCCAACGGCUGCUCGCCAGGCCCGACCCCGACACCAACACCCCAAUGCCCGUACACACACACACACGCGACGGGAAAGCUCGCGGUCUAUUGGCUAG